UUAUUGCAGCUUUGCGCAUCUACACAAUCAAUGGGAGGCAUUGGCUAAUUCCUGCAGUCAUUUUGGUGCUGUUUACCCCAGCAGUUGUAGUUACCAUAAUGACACUACUUCGUGCUGCUGGCCAAGAUGCCAAAAUAACAACAUUGCUCCUCCGCGAUGGAACCAUAUACUUUGGGGCUAUACUGGUUGUGGAUGUCUUGCAAGCUGCAGGCCAAUAUACAGAGGUGCUUUCUGUGUUUGAUGCUUUUCCUGGCAGCCUCACAGCAGUGAUCCUAUCUCAUCUCCUCCUGAACCUUCGCAAUGCAGCAAAUCCUGCAGAGGGAACAACUUCAGCAUUCAUGUCUGAGCUCAAUUUCUCAGGCCCACACUCUCUUGGUGGUUCUAUUGUUUUCCAAGAGGAUGACAAUGAGGAGAUGGUAGAUGAAGAGUUCAUGGAUGGAGAGGUUGCUGGGGACACCCCAGAUGGAGAUGGACAAGGAAAUACUUUUAUCAGUGGUGCUGGCAAUGUUUGA